AUUCCAAACCCGAACAUAAAAAUCUGAUUCCCAUGAAUCCUGGGAACCCAUUCCAUAAAUCCCCUGUCGUCUCUCAUAUAUUUCUGAUUCCCCCCCUUUUUUCCCCUCAUCUUUACACAGAUUUCGCGGCAAUUUCUUCUUGAUUCUUACACGAAAACACAAAAUUUCUUCAUCAAAAUCGAGUCUUUAAGUUGAAGAUUUAUUGGGUUUUUUCCUAUUCGAUUAUUAAACCAAGUAUGCUAAACAUCUUGCCAGAUUGGUUGAAGACCCUCUAUGUCGUUUUUGCCUUCUGUUCUGCUUUGUUCUUCGGUGCUCUCAAAAGUGUAUUGGUGGGCCCAAUUGCUGCUUUGAUUCUAAUUACAGGAAAUGUUGGAGUGAUUUUAGCUCUCUUUCCUACUCAUGUUGCCUGGACUGUUUAUACUCUUCUCAAGACAAAUAGAUUUGAUGCACCAUUGAAAGUAGCAUUCUUGUUUGGUUUGCCGGUUCUAUUUGGGCUUUGGUUGGGCCUAAGCAUUGGAGGAAGUGUUCUUGUUGGCCUUGGUUAUGGCUUCUUUGCUCCAUGGAUUUCAUCUUUUGAAGCCUUUAGACAUGAAGAUGAAUCCAACAAGUUCCUACACUCCAUUGUGGAUGGAACAUGGGGAACGAUUAAGGGAAGUUGCACAGUCGUUCGAGAUUUUGCUGACCUCUGUUAUCAUUCUUAUCCUCUCUACUUGAAGGAGCUUCGUGAAUCCCCCUCAGAUAGUGAGCUUCGAACUCUAAGGUUCAUUCAUGUGCCAGCGUGCAUAAUUGUUGGAUUAUUGGGAAUUGUCAUUGAUGUUCCUCUUUACACUGCGAUUGCAGUGGUGAAGAGUCCGUACAUGUUGUUUAAAGGGUGGCAAAGAUUCAUUCAUGAUUUAAUUAGUCGUGAAGGGCCGUUUCUUGAAACCGCAUGCAUACCAAUUGCUGGUUUGACUAUUCUUGUGUGGCCGAUUGUUGUUAUUGGGAGCGUUAUAUUGGCUAUCGUUUCAAGUAUUUUUAUAGGCUUGUAUGGCUCGGCUGUCGUAUAUCAGGAAAGGUCAUUCAAAAGGGGUGUUGCUUAUGUGAUUGCCAUGGUUGCGGAGUUUGAUGAGUACACAAACGACUGGUUGUACCUUCGAGAGGGUUCGGUUUUCCCAAAACCAAAAUACCGAAAGAAAAGAGUUCUUCCUCAUUCAACCGAGGUUUCAAUUUCAGUUGGUGGUAGUCGGUCAUCUGAUGGAAAACAAAACGGUGGCCCAAUGCAUGCCCCACCUAUAAUGACGAUGCCUACAUUAUCAUCCUCGCGAUCAGUUAGGGAGGCCAUUCGUGAAGUAAAAAUGGUCCAGGUUUGGGAAAACUUGAUGCGAGUUUGUGAAAUGAGUGGAAAGGAACUACUCGAUGCAAAUGUAAUAUCCGCCAAUGAACUUUACGAUUGGUUAAACCCUAAAAAAGGAAACCCAUGUCCCAUAAUCGGCACUGGUUUACCUUGUUACGCCUUCUUCCAAAAUCUUCUCCGAUCAAUCAGACACGGUUCCGAAGGUCUUGUCCUUCUCGAUGGCCUCGAAAUCACCCAUUUAAAUCGACCCCAAGAUCGAGUACUCGACUGGUUUUUUCACCCAAUUAUGGUCCUCAAAGAACAAAUCAGAGUACUCCAAUUGACCGAAGGUGAAAUUAGGUAUCUAGAAAAGAUAAUUCUCUUUGGAACUGAUCCUAAACGUAUGGAAUCAUGGGAUAACGGCAGUUUUGAACCGGAAGAUGCUGUUAGGGUGGCUCAAAUUCAAGGCAUCAGUAGAAGGUUGAUAGGGUUAACACGUGGGACAUCGAAGCUACCGACUUAUAGAAGAAAGUAUCGAAAUGUGAUCAAGAACUUGAUUGUAUAUUGUUUAGCUCGUGAUGGGUCGACGAGAUCGAUGUCUAUGAGAUCGGUAGCAAGUGUGUAGAGAAAAAAGAUGCAAGUUUUGAUGUGAAUGCAAGUGUUUGUUCAUAUUGUUUUGUUCUUUCUUUUUAACUUUUGUUAAUGAUGUUGGUUCUUUUGGUUGUACAAAAGUUGUGUAGAUUUUGGAGUGAUUUACCAAGAAAGAAUUUGUUUAAAAAGAGGGGUGUACUUGUGGUUUUGCUUAUAUUAUUAUUCAUUUAUCAACGAA